AUGCCAGACCCAGAACAACAUUCUCAAGAGAAUGUCAACAACAAUAACAACAACAACAACAACAAUAGCAAUAGCAAUAGCAAUAGCAAUAGUGACGCUAUAGACGAUGAAAAUGAUGAUUAUGAUUAUGAAUUCAUGAAAUCCAUGUUUGGUGGUGGCAAUGAUGAUGAUGAUGACAGUAGUGAUGAUAAUGAUGAUCCGCAAGUAACAGAAUACUCGUGGUCCUGUCAACAAGAUGACACCAAAGUGAUUUAUCAUUUGGCCUUUUUGGCUCCCGGCCAUGGAGAUGCCGUCUGGAAUUCGAGUGACUGCAUUGCCCAACAUUUGCUUUUAGAAGAAUACCGAACCAAGAAGUUGUUUCCUUGUGGCAAAUUUGAGUGGCCACCCGAAUCGGCCCUUGAAUUUGGUGCAGGCGCCGCCUUGCCCAGCAUGAUUUUGUUGAAAGAGGGAACUCGGCGACUACUAAGUACGGAUCAAAAGAUUAAUGAAGAAACCUUUGAUGCCUUGAAUCUUUCCUUUCAAAAGAAUGCACCACAAUGGGGCAUCUCGCAAGAACAAAUACAAGACCGGGUCCGUGUGUUACCUCACUCGUGGGGUGUGGGCAUGGAUCAGUUGCGAGAGGCAGCUACAAUCGAUGGAAAUGGUAAUGAUGAUGAUGACAGAAACGCUGGCAAUAUUCAACUGCUAAUCGCCUCGGACUGCAUCUACGAUCCAACCCAUCAUCGAGCCUUACUACAGUCCGUGGCAGGCACCAUGUCCCGAACAAAAGGUCGUUUUGUAGUAGGCUAUAGCUUUCAUAUGAAUGUACCACCGCAUAAGGUGAUGCAGUUCUUUGACCUUGCCGAGAAGGAGUUUGAGUUGAAAAUAACUUGUGAAUUCCAACAAGACUACAAUGGCCAAGAAGGAAUUGGAAACCAUGAUCCCAAACGAGGAGCUGUCUAUAUCAAGGUUCUGGCGCACAAAAAUUCCGACUUUUUCUCGUAA